GACUUUACCCCUCCCCUUCUUUGCCUGUCCUCGACUUUGUACUUGUCUGUCUCACUUUCAUUUGUAUCGCACCGCACUGCACCGUACCGCAUCCGAUAAUUAUGCAUCCCCCAUUGUCCAUUUCCUUGGCCCUGCAGCCACCUUCCUUCCACAGUCUGCCAGCCCACUCCAAGACAAGACUCGCCACUACAGCAGCACCUUCAACAGCGACAGUAGCAGCGGCAACGCGUUCUCGCCGAGGAUCGUCGUCCUCGUUGUUGCCAUCAUCAUCAUUGUCAUCGUCACCAUCAUUCUGCUACUGCCGUUCACACGCACCAGCCGUUUCUUCGCCACUGCACCAAUUGACUGCUGCUCCACCCAAUGCUGUUCCUGUUGCUGCAGCAGUACAUUUGAACGCGCACUUUAUGGGGACAGGGGGCAGUCGUGGAGUCUCCUCUUAUUGUUCGUCAUCAGCAUCAUCAUCUUCGGCAACAUUGGCGAUAUCAGCUACGAGCAGUGCAAUUGCGCCCGAUAACUAUAACAGGUCCAGUAGAGAUAAAGCCUCUAUCGCAACGGAUCAAGGCGUCCUCGCAUCCACUGUGGUCUCGGUCUCGGCCCUACCUUCUUCCUUGCCCUCUCUGUCUUCUUCACCUUCUUCGUCCGUGCAUCUCCCCACUCUUCAUUCUCAUUCCACUUUGGCAUCACUUGCAUCGCCCGCGAUUGAUUCAACAGCUGGAUCUCCACCCGACAGCACUGCUCCUCAUACGAGCACUAUUCGAUCAUCAGCCCUUGUCUAGUCCCUGUCUAGUCCUUGUCUAGUCCUUGUCUAGUCCUUGUCCUGAUAAUCAACUUUGCGCGUCUAUUUUUUGUCACCUAUGCGUCUCCAUGAUGAAAUGCAUUUCUGCCUACAAGCGGCACCUCGAAUCGAGUGCAUGCCUAACCCGUUGAA